GGCCGCCAAAACAGUGGUGCUGUUGCUGUUGCUUCGUGUCAGCAACAACAACUGAUCACAUGAUUUUGAUUGAGUCUAGGAAAGGUGUAUGCAUAGGAAGCAUUUUUGUUUGGUCAAAAAAGAAUAGAAAAAAUGGCACAUGUUCUAAUGGGUAUCGACAAGAUAACAGACCAGCAAGGAUAUUUGGUAAUAAGCUCAGAUGGUGCUGUAUUAGCUUCUGCAGGUGAUUUGGAGAAUGACGAAAAGCUAGCAGAGCGCAUUCAUAGCAUGGUACACACUGCAAGCAAGAUUCCUUUGUCUAAAGACGGUAGCCAGUUCUUCAAACGGCUAACAGUGACAUACAAAGAUUUCAAUUUACUGGUAACAGUAAGCAACCAGAGAAUAUACACAGUGAAGAGGCCUAUCACCAGGACUGAAUAAUUGAUGACUUUUGAUUAAUAUAAGAAUAUAAUGAUUAUGGCAGGACUUUCAACAAUGGCUUGUCAUCAAAGUUUUGUCAUUUUUGUAAAAAAUUUUGUUUACAAUAACUUGUUUGUUAAAGUCGUAGUUCUUUCAGUUCUAAAUUCAUCAAUCUCUAAAGGCAGUUUUAGAUUUUAAAACAUUGUGCUAUUAAUCAAACUUUUAGCUUCUGA